CGCAAGCAGAGUAACUCAACUAGAUCCACCGGUCUAGGCAAACCUCGGAGCAGGAGAGAUUCGCCAACAACUCACAAGGAACCGAACCCAGCCAGACUGGAGAACCCGGGACCGAGAGAGCGAGGGAAGACGGAGCGAGAGAGGACAGCCUGACUGCCCGAACAUCUCUCCCUCCUCUGGCUCUGCUGCCGCCGCCGCCGCUUCCAGAACCGAACCGGAGCUCAGCUCAGCGACCCGCCGCUUCUGAAAUAAGACCGACGCCGUCUCAGUCAAGAUGUACCGGUCGACCAAAGGAGCCUCAAAGGCGAGAAGGGACCAGAUCAACGCCGAAAUCCGGAACCUGAAAGAUUUCCUACCGAUCUCCGAAGCGGACAAGUCCCGCCUCUCGUACCUGCACAUCAUGUCGCUGGCUUGCAUGUACACCAGAAAAUCUGUCUUUUUUUCCCAAGAUGAGGACCGGUGGGGAGAAAGCGGGGCGUGUUUCUCUUAUCAAGACAUGAUCGAUUUUAUCCAGGCUCUUCCGGGCUUUUUGCUCGUGGUGACCAGCGAAGGGAAGUUGCUCUACCUGUCGGACAACGUCACGGAUCUCUUGGGUCACUCUGUGGUGGACCUCGUUGCACAGGGUGACAGCGUUUAUGACGUCAUCGACCCCUCGGAUCAUUUCUUAAUGCGAAGCAACCUGGCCCUCGAGGCUUCGAGCGAGACAGACCGCUUGUUCAGAUGUCGUUUCAACACCUCCAAGUCGGUUCGGAGACAGAGCGCCGGGAACAAGAUGGUGCUGAUCCGGGGGCGGUUCGUCCAACCUCCCGUCGGCUCUUACUGGUCAGGCAACCCGGUCUUCAUCGCCUACUGCAGCCUGCUGGAGCCCCGGCCCAGCCAAACGGAGAACUCUUUCUUCUCGGCUUGCUUCGAGAGCCAGCACGGCAGAGAUAUGGCGUUCAUAGACGCGUCCGACAGUAUCUCCAUAUAUCUUGGGUACGAGAAGUCCAGUUUGCUGCGCAAGUCGUGGUACAGUCUGGUGCACCCGCAAGAUCUCUCCCACGCCUCGGCUAAGCAUUAUUGCUUGUUGAACGAAGCGAACGACGCAAAAGUGGAAAUGGUGGUUCGCCUCCAAUCCGGAGACCUGUGUUGGGUUUGGGUCUACACUCUGCUGCAUCAGGAGAGCAAGGAGAGUUCGAUCACCGCGUACAAUUACAUCAUCAGUGAUUCACAAGCUUGGAGCCUGAGACAGCAGCUUGCUUCUGAAGAGAGCCAGCUCGCCUUCGUCCUCAGGGCCUCCGCUUCCUAUCAGGAGAGUCUACUCCUGUCUCCCGGGCAGCUGUCCAGCCCGGACCAAGUAUUCACGCCGGUGUCGAGCACCCCGACCAGCAGCGGGGGGCUCUCCGGUCAAUCGUUCGACUUCAGCGGCGUCUACAAUGUAGACUGCGGGCCGGAGUUCUCUUCGGAAGACGGCGCCGGGAGCGGCUCGGCCGCCGUCGGGCAGGAAGAGGCGAUGCAGCUGGGCGGGACCCGGGGGAGUAUCUCCUCAAUCGAGGAGGAACCCGGCUCCGCUCCCAGGCCGAGUCAUCACCACCUGGAUUUCUACUCGCAGGACUGUAUGUUCCUUCCUCUCACCGUCACCCCGCCCUCCCUUCCACCCCCCUCCUCCUCCUAUGACCCGUCGUUCAGAGCUAAAGAAUUCGUCUGCACCCCUCCUUACACCCCUCAGCAAGACCACGGAGGCGGUUGCUUUCUCUUCGGCGCGUCCGAGCAGGCUUUGCCCCCCAGCGCGGUGGGUAGACCCUCCGAAACUCCCACCGCGACCACGCCCACCACCACCGCCACCACCAUCACCAGCAGAGAGCUCUACUUUCCUCUAGAAAGCACCGCCUACGAGAAUCUGCCCCCGACCCCGGACAGUCCGUGCGACGGGGACUGCACGGUGAUGGCGUUGCCAGAAGUCAGAGGCCCCCUCUAUAUCGACGUGCCUGUGGUACCUGAAGGGCUCCUGACUCCCGAGGCGUCCCCGAUCAAGCCGCCGCUCUGCAACUUUUUCGGCUACUUGGAGAAGGAAAAGGGCGAGAUCACAGUCCUGAUGGAGCACAUCAGCAAAGUGGCCGAAGGCUUCGGCUCGUACGGCAGGGCUGGCGAUUUCAGCAGCGCCCCCAGCGUCUACCCAACCUCCGACCCCCCCUCCUCCUCCUCCUCCUCCCCCCUCUCCCCACCGUCCUACUGCAAGCACGACCAACUGACCCGAAGCUCCUCCCUCCCUCCCGGCCAGGCCCCCUCCAGCAAUCUCGAACUCUUUGCAGACUGUUUUUACCCUAUCAAACUCUGGAAGAGCGCCGACAGCCCCCUGCUCCCCGGAGACGGGCCCUUGCUGUUCGACGAGAACGCUUUCGAAAGCUUUUUGAAAGACUCACCUUCAGCCAGCGCCCCGGCGGCUCCUGCUAAGUCAGGCGGCCAGCCGGUGGAGUGGUGCCCGCCCCCCGAGUUUGGGGGGUACGUCCGCGGCACCGCCCGUAGUCCACGGAGCCCGGACGCCCCGGAUCCUUGCGUCGAAGUGGCGCACAGUAGUGUUGUGGAAGAGACGAGUCCAGCCGCGGCCGCCUCUCCCCCGUCCACAGACUUGUCUCUGGAGGAGAGAUGCUUCCUGGAAGAGAUCGCCUCCUAUGAAACAGUCUCUGAGACACGUGCCUCAAGGUCCCCCUGUGAAGGGUUUAUUGAUGAGUUGUAUCAACUCCAGAAUCACUUGCAAGACAGCUUCCUUCACGGUGAGCCUCUCCUCCUUCCUCCUCUCCUAUUGUUUUUCUUUGACCCCUAUCCACAAGACUCUCAGCUCACCGCAAUGCUCACCGGACUCUACAAGAGUUUUGCAGAGUGCGAGUUUUUGAAUUUUGUGAAUAAGGGCCAAUUUUCAUGCGUCUUUUCAAUUACUGACUUUUGUACUUAGCAUAGCACUGACUAACAAAUAUAAAACAACCGUGAUCUUAAUAAUAAUAAUAAUAUGCUGUAGUUAAUACACAGACACUUCUGUGACGCUGUCUUUAAAGUACUUUUGAGAUCAGUCGAUUGAAUGGGACGUUAUCAAACACACUUGGGGAGGCUGUGUGGUCCAGCGUUUAAAGAAACGAGCUUGCAACCAGCAGGACCCCCGUUCAAAUCCCAGCUCAGCCACUGACUUUCUCUAUGUGACCCAGAGCGAGUCA